AUGCUGCGUGGAUGGUGCUUCUGCGAAAACCACGGCCUGGAGUACUGCCACAGCUGCGCCAUGGACUUCCGCAUAGGCAACAAUUAUCGGCUGCAGGACAAUAUGACAGAGGAGCAGCUGGAGAGCCUUGCUGACCAGGGCAUCGACCUGCCCGACGACGACCGGCGGCCGCUGUGCGUGGAUGGCGUGUACAAGCUGCUGCCGUGCGGCACGGCGGCGUGCGUCGCGCACAGCGCAGUGGGUUGCGAGCGGUGCUUCAAUUUCGAGAGGCGGGUAAUGGACGACUGA